GCUAAGCUCGAGCGUGCAUUCUAGCUGUUCAACAUCUAUAGACUAGUCAGUACUGUCGUGUCUGGAAUGUGCUCUUAUGAAGUUACUGCUCCAUUUUGGGGGAUGAUUUGCUUCUGCAGGUGUCCUCCAGCUUUUUACACGGACCGUGGGUCCAAUCACUUGGAUAUUCGUCUCCGCCCUGACGACGGUAUGGUGACUGGACCAUAGUCAUAUAGUUGCAUCAGCAGUAAUGGCAAUUAUCUAUAUAAGGAUAGUACUUUCUGGUAGAAUAUGGGCCUAAUGAUUCUUGUGAAAAGGGUUUAAAAGGCAGGCCACAGCAGCCCAUUCUCAGCAAUCCUUUCUUGUCAGUCCAUUCUUAUCAAGGCAUAUCUCCAAGUCUACUGAAGUGUGAACGUCAUGAGGGCAUCCCAAAUCCUUCUCGCAGCCUUGACAGGCCUGGGUUCGCUGGUCGAAGCGUAUCCAAAUCCGGACACAACUAUGGACAAGAGAAACUCGAGCGCAACAGACCGACUGGUCUUUGCUCACUUCAUGAUCGGCAUUACUAGUGACCGCACCAGCGCCAAUGACUAUGACGAUGACAUGAAACGUGCCAAAUCAAUCGGCAUCGACGCUUUUGCCCUGAACAUCGGUGUUGACCCGUAUACAGACACGCAGCUUGGAUACGCUUACGACUCAGCAGCAAAGAAUGGGAUGUCAGUAUUCAUCUCCUUCGACUUCAACUGGUGGCACACCUCUCAGGCCAGCGAAAUUGGCCAAAAGAUUGCUCAAUACGGCGUGAAGCCCGCACAGCUCAAGAUCGACAACAAGGUCUUUGUCUCGUCCUUUUCUGGCGACGGUCUUGAUGUGGCUGCGUUGCGCUCGGCAGCUACCGGUGUGGAGCUGUUCUUUGCACCAAACUUUCAUCCUGCGUUGGGCACUGAUUUGUCCGGCGUCGAUGGAUUGCUGAACUGGAUGGCAUGGCCGAAUAACGGCAACAACAAGGCACCGACCCCAGGAGCCAAUGUCACCGUGCAAGCAGGCGACGAGGCGUACACCAAGGCUCUUGGAAACAAGGCUUACAUUGCCCCCGCCUCGGCCUGGUUCUCAACCCACUUUGGCCCCGAAGUGUCCUAUAGCAAGAACUGGGUCUUCCCAUCUGACAGCCUCUGGUUCGACCGCUGGAAUGAGAUUUUGGCCCUUGGCCCUCGCUUCGUUGAAAUAGUCACUUGGAACGAUUACGGCGAGUCUCACUAUAUUGGACCACUGAGUUCUCCGCAUACCGACGACGGUGCGUCGAAGUGGGUGAAUGAUAUGCCUCACAACGGCUGGCUCGACAUGGCAAAACCAUUCAUCGCCGCGUUCAAAGCCGGCGCCAAAUCCGUCGAUAGCUACGUUACCUCAGACGAACUGAUCUACUGGUACCGCCCAACACCACGCGGCGUUAACUGCGAUUCAACCGACACCUGUAUGGUGACUGCAAGCAAUACGAGCGGAAACUACUUUAUGGGACGCCCCAAUGGGUGGGAGGAUAUGAAUGACAGCGUAUUCGUCGUGUCGCUUUUCACCAGCGCUGCCACUAUCCAGGUAACGUCCGGCAACAACACGCAAUCCAUCGACGCCAAAGCAGGUGCCAACAUCUACACUGUGCCCAUGGGUGUCGGAGACCAGAGCUUUUCCGUGACUCGUAGCGGUAAGACUGUUUUCAGUGGCAAGAGCUUGAAGCCGAUUAUCGAUGGGUGCGUGUGCGGGUUGUACAACUUCAAUGCAUAUGUUGGAUCCCUCCCAGCGGGCUUCAGCGAUCCGCUCGGCAGUGCUGGCAUUGCAUCGCUUACAUCAGGGUUGCAUGUCACAACCUGCUCUGCUACACCAUCCUUGGGAGUAGCGGCAGCUUCAUUAACCCCAGCUGCAGUGGCCGCGCAGCCAACUGCUUGA